AUAGACCUGUCAGCUCCAUGACACCCACACAUGCCUCACCCUCUGGUCCAGGACGAGAACAGAGGAAAGGAAAGCAGCUUGGCUGGCGACAGGUAGAGCGCCUCAGCGAGGGGCUGAAAUAGACAGAGAUUCUCGACCGGUUGCGGAGUUUAGACUAAAGCCCGGAGAGGGAUAAUGGUGAGCCGUGGCGGAGCUGUGUUUAUUUCGGGCAACAUGGGGAGACUUGAGGGAGAAGGGAGAGGAGACCUGGCAGGUGAGGAGAUUCGAUCCCGAGGGAAUGGUGCUGCUGAGAUGACCUGUGCGACAUUGCUUUUCUCAAGAGAUCGUUCUCCAAUCAAACGAGCGGAGAGAAAUCUACGCGGGACAUGGUUGGCGGGUUAACAUGAUGGACAGGUGAUGGAGUCUUCCAUCAUCUUUCUCCACCAGUGACUUGGCCUGCCAGCCCUCCCUCUGAGGCAUAAGUGUGUACCAGCGGUCCAAGGCCCCCUAUUUCUCUGCCAUGGUGACAUAAGCGGCACUGCAAUAUGAGGGAGAGCCAACGUGAGACCGUCUCAUUUCUUUCUCCAGUAGCUGCUGCAGCUGCUACUUUAACGCCGUUUGUGUUUAGCUCCAUAACAAGACUGACCUUGUCGUGAAUAAUCUCUGCCUGCUGUUUUCUACCCACACCGAGAGAGACUGUCCCCGUGUUGCUGGGCUGGUGGGGCGGAGCGGUGUGGCGCGAGACGAUGCUGGGAUGCGUGACACGCCUCCGUCGGCUGGUCCGUCUCCUCCCCCUGCAGACCUCCCUCCUCCUCCUCUUCCUCUUCUGCACUGUCAGCGUCUUCAUCUCAGCCUACUUCCUCUAUGGCGUCAAGCGGGAGCUGGAGCCUUCGGGAGGGGGCGUGUCCGGGGCCGAGGGAGCAUCCGCCGACUCCGAUGACCCAAGGGUCACUCCGUCCCGGCUGCUACCUUUGCGGGGCGUCUCAGGGGGCCCCGGGGUGGAUCCCGGAGGUGCCAGGACAGAUCCUGUGGUUCUGGUGUUUGUGGAAAGUCAGUAUUCUCAACUGGGUCAGGAGAUCGUGGCCAUCUUGGAGUCUGGCCGGUUCAGGUACCGGACUGAGAUCUCUCCCGGUAAAGGAGACAUGCCCACAUUGACAGACAAAGAGAGAGGGCGUUUCACACUGGUGAUUUAUGAGAACAUUCUCAAGUACGUUAACUUGGACGCCUGGAACCGAGAGCUGCUGGACAAAUACUGUGUGGAAUAUGGAGUGGGCAUCAUUGGCUUCUUCAAGGCCAAUGAAAACAGUCUGCUCAGUGCGCAGCUGAAAGGCUUCCCGCUCUUUCUUCACUCUAACUUGGGUCUGAAGGACUGCACUGUCAACCCCAAGUCCCCCCUGCUCUUUAUCACACGAUCCGGGCAGCCCCUGCCAGGUCCUCUCCCUGGGGAUGACUGGACCGUUUUCCAGUCCAACCACUCAACGUACGAGCCCGUGUUGCUGGCCAAGACCCAAUCAGCUGAGAGCAUUGCAUCGAUGGGGCAGAACGCCGCUCUGCUCCCGUCAGUGGUGCAGGACCUGGGGCUCCAUGAUGGUAUCCAAAGGGUCCUGUUCGGCAACAACUUGGUCUUCUGGCUGCACAAGCUGGUGUUUGUGGACGCUGUGGCCUUUCUGACAGGAAAGAGGCUCUCGUUGUCCCUGGAGCGCUACAUCCUGGUGGAUAUAGACGACAUCUUUGUGGGGAAAGAGGGCACACGCAUGAAGGUGCCUGAUGUAAAGGCCCUUCUGGAGACACAAAGGGAGCUGCGCACCCAUGUGCCCAACUUCACCUUCAAUCUGGGCUUCUCAGGGAAAUUCUUUCACGCUGGAUCUGAUGAGGAGGACCUGGGAGACGACCUGCUGCUUUCCUACGUGAAAGAGUUUUGGUGGUUCCCUCACAUGUGGAGCCACAUGCAGCCCCAUCUAUUCCACAACCAAUCCGUGCUGGCCGAGCAGAUGUUGCUCAACAAGAAAUUUGCCAUGGAGCAUGGGAUCCCCACUAACAUGGGCUAUGCGGUGGCGCCCCACCACUCCGGCGUCUACCCUGUCCACAUGCAACUGUACGACGCCUGGAAGAAGGUUUGGGGCAUCAAGGUGACCAGCACAGAGGAAUACCCACACCUGAAGCCUGCCCGCUUCCGGCGAGGUUUCAUCCACAGCGGCAUCAGCGUGCUGCCCAGGCAGACGUGCGGGCUUUUCACACACACCAUCUUCUAUAAAGACUACCCAGGCAGUCCGAAUGAACUGGACAAGCUCAUUAAUGGAGGAGAACUCUUCCUCACUGUUUUGCUGAACCCUAUUAGCAUCUUCAUGACCCACCUGUCCAACUAUGGGAAUGAUCGCCUCGGCCUGUACACCUUUAAGAGCCUGGUGAUGUUCCUCCAGACGUGGACCAACCUGAAGAUGCAGACCCUGCCACCUAUUCAGCUCGCUCAGAAGUACUUCAGCCUGUUCCCCUCCGAGAGAGAUCCACUGUGGCAGGAUCCUUGUGAGGACAAAAGGCACAAGGACAUCUGGUCCAAAGAGAAAACAUGUGACCGUUUCCCCAAACUGCUCGUCAUCGGGCCUCAGAAGACAGGCACGACAGCACUCUACCUGUUUCUCGGCAUGCACCCAGACCUGACCAGUAACUACCCCAGUAAGGAGACCUUUGAGGAGAUCCAGUUCUUUAAUGGGCACAACUACCACAGAGGCAUUGACUGGUAUAUGGAGUAUUUCCCUCUGCCCUCUAACACCAGUUCAGACUACUACUUUGAGAAGAGUGCCAACUACUUUGACUCCGAGGUGGCUGCUCAGAGGGCUGCAGCUCUCCUGCCCAAAGCCAAGAUCAUCACCAUCCUCAUCAACCCAGCGGACAGAGCUUACUCUUGGUACCAGCACCAAAGAGCCCACGAUGACCCGGUGGCACUGAAAUACUCCUUCCACGACGUCAUCACCGCAGGCCAUGACGCGCCAGUCAAACUACGGGUCCUCCAGAAUCGAUGUCUGGUGCCAGGCUGGUACGCCAUCCACCUGGAGCGCUGGCUUAACUACUACCACUCAAGCCAGUUGUUAGUCUUGGAUGGACAGAUGCUGAAGACUGAGCCUGCUUCAAUCAUGGAUAAAAUCCAGAAGUAUCUGGCCCUGACCAACAUCAUCAACUACCACAAGAUCCUAGCGUUUGACCCUAAGAAAGGCUUCUGGUGUCAGCUGCUGGAGGGAGGAAAGACCAAGUGUUUGGGAAAGAGUAAAGGGCGCAGGUACCCUGACAUGGACCCUGAGUCCCAGAGUGUCCUCAGGGAGUACUAUAGGGAUCACAACAUUGAGCUGUCCAAGCUGCUCUACAGGAUGGGUCAGCCGCUGCCCAGCUGGCUCCGAGAAGAGCUGGUCCACACCAGGUAGCAGCACCACAGGGGGGAGACCACAGCUCCACACACUGAACCACUGCUCCACCCUGCUGGGGGAGGGGGGGACUCUGGCCGAGUGGCCUGAAAUAUCGAAGAUCCCAAAUAGUUUUGAACGAGACUGAAAUAAAUCAAGAACCAGAACUCAAAACUUAACUGUGAUCUUCCUCAAACAAACAGGGACUCUGAGGACGGUGAGCAAGAAGAGAGCGUAGUUGUUUUCAGAUAGCGCUACCCUCUCUCCCUGAGCUUCAAGAUGCUGUUACUCCCCUGCAGGACAAACCAGGACAAUGGACGCCGUAACGCCGGCCUCCGCUGUGUCUUGCAGAAGAAGGAAAGGCUCAGCGAUGCGCAGGAGGGACCUUCAGUGUUUGAUAAUCACAUCCCUGCUCUCCGUAAUCAAACCUUCUCUUCUUCGCAUGAACUUCAUCUUGAAAAAUCAAAAGGAAGGAAAAAAAACAAACAUCUGAAGCUUGAGCAGUCUUCAUCGUUUCAGCUCUGGGAAAACAAGUGGAAGAGAUGAACAGCAUCACCUGUGUCUCCAGCUGUGAGUUUCGGUGUUUGGCGCACAUUUAAACAGGCGACAUAACAUUGAAUAAAAUGGAUGAGAGCCUGACUGACAGAGAGACAUUGGUUGCAAAUGCCUUUGACGUAAGUUAAGUGUUCGUAAGUGUUUGUAUGAGAGGAGAACGGGACAUCUGGAGUCUUGACUCAGGCUGCAUGUUGUAGCCUCACUCGACAGGCCUUGGUAGAAUCUAGUUAUCGCAUUUACAAGUGCCCAGGACAGAAUCUUCAUUAAAAUGUUACCAUGUGGACUUUUGAGGGUUCUUUUUUUUUUUUUUUUUUUUUUUAAAGUUUUAUGUUUUCUCAGACUUUGUUUUAACGUUUCUAUAAUGCUGAUGGCAAUGCAUUAUUGUAGAAUGUACCAAAACUAAACCAUAUUAGCUCAGUUUUCUUUCAUAUAGGCCAGGUGUACAGAAGACUGAUUUGUGUAAACUGUUCGGCUCAGCCUCCUCCGUAGUCAGUACCAUGACCAUUAAAGCGGCUCAAGCAGGAACAGCGGGAUAGAUGUUGAAAGCACAAUAUUUAAGGCACUCAAGUGAACAUGGAUUCUGAACAUACAGGUUACUGGAAAGCACACUAACACAAUGCAUCCUACUACAAUCUGUGAAGAAGAUCAUAAGCUAGCUACUGUAUGUUUAGUUCCGCACUCUGGUCGUAGAGAUUCACAUAGUGUACAGAACAAGAUUGUGCAUUUCAAAUCCAUUUUUCAGCAUUGGCUUUUAUUUGUCGAAACUGUAUAUUUUGUCUUAUAAUUUUGUUUUUAUUUCAUUUAUUAGAUGAGUUUUAAGGUUUUUUUUGGGGGGGGGUGGAGGAAAAAAACAAGCUGUCUCUGGGAAAAAGUUGCCAGGCAAACCAACAGUAUGCCCAGUGAGACCACACAAGACGUUUGGUUGUCGGUCAAGGUGUUACCACUGCAACUAGAUGUCAAGCAUAGAUAACAAAAAGCUGCUCUUAUUGCAAUAGUUUUGUACAAUGUUCUGAUGUAAUAACAAUGCACAUGUUGGUCCUUUAUUUCCUGACUUUGUAAUGUACAUAAUAGGUACGCAACCCUCGGUAGACCUAAAUUAUUGAAUGUGUUUGGGUUUACACUCUCCAUCAGCCCAUUCCCAUAGUGUGAAAUGUCAGUGCUGUACUGAGGGGAGGUCGGGUCACGUCAUUGUGCGGAGGUGUGUCGCUAAGAUUGUUUCCUCUCAUGUCCUCUCACUGCCAACUAUUGUACACAGGUACUGAGUCUCUCCAUAUAAAGUAUUAAGUGAUAACACAUAACAGCAAUGAUGGUACUAAUCUCCUGGACUGUAUGAUAAAGAUUUGUAAUUGUUGUCAAUAAUUUUUACAGUGUAACUAAUAUUGUCGGUGCUUUUUAAUUUGCAAAUAAAACACCACUGUAUUUUUCAGUA